GGAAGAGGGAGGGUUUCAUCUAUUUCACCUCUUUGGCAAUCAAAAGGCAAAAUCCUCUUAUAAACUCUUCUCCUUCCUCUGCUCUUAAACCCCCCAUUUCUGUUUUGCUCCCCAAAGUUCCUCGUCUCGUCAGGCACAUCAAAUCCUCUUCCAGUUGAGCAUUAAUUUUUGAAUCCUUGAGAGAGAGAAAGAAAGAGUCGAAGGGAGGAGCAAAGCAGAUAUACACCAAGUGAAGAAGGAACAACCUGGUUCGAUUUUGUGAGUUAAGAUCAUCCAAAAGCUGUCGUUUUGAAAAUAGCUGUCGAAGGUGAGAGUGAUCGCCGACGAAAUCCACAGACAGAGAGGCUCAAUAGAGCAAAAUGAUGAGGCUGCAAACUUAUGCGGGGCUUAGUCUGGUAGCCACACUGGUGGUUAUUUAUCAUGCGUUUCACAGAAGAGGGCAGUUUUACCCUGCAAUGGUUCAUUUAUCGUCCUCCAAGAUCAGUCUGGUGCUUCUUCUCAAUAUGGGCCUUGUCUUUAUGUGUGUUUUGUGGCGAUUCACCAAACGGCUUUUCCUUGGAUCACUCCGGGAAGCCGAGGUGGAGAGGCUGAAUGAGCAGUCAUGGAGGGAAGUCAUGGAAAUACUCUUUGCAAUCACCAUCUUCCGCCAGGAUUUUUCCGUCACAUUUCUUGCUAUGGUCACUGCUGUUUUGUUAAUUAAGGCUUUGCAUUGGUUGGCUCAAAAGAGAGUUGAGUACAUCGAAACAACCCCGUCUGUUCCCAUGUUGUCUCACAUCCGAAUUGUGUCUUUUAUGGGAUUCCUUCUCUUUUUAGACAGCCUCUUUUUGUACAACUCUGUAAGCUAUUUGAUACAAACGCGGCAGGCUUCGGUUUCUCUCUUCUUUUCAUUCGAGUAUAUGAUACUGGCAACAACAACAGUGUCAACAUUUGUAAAAUAUGUUUUCUACGUCAGCGACAUGCUUAUGGAAGGACAAUGGGAAAAAAAGGCAGUCUACACCUUUUACUUGGAACUUAUCAGGGACUUGCUGCACUUGUCUAUGUAUCUGUGCUUCUUUCUUGUGAUUUUCGUGAACUAUGGUGUGCCUCUGCACUUGAUUCGGGAGCUCUAUGAGACAUUUCGUAACUUUAAGGUUCGGGUUAAUGAUUACAUUCGUUAUCGGAAGAUCACUUCGAAUAUGAAUGAUCGUUUUCCAGAUGCAACACCUGAAGAGCUCAAUGCAAGUGAUGCAACCUGCAUCAUUUGUCGUGAGGAGAUGACUACCGCCAAGAGACUAAGUUGUGGCCAUCUGUUUCAUGUGCACUGCCUCCGGUCAUGGUUAGAGCGACAACACACAUGUCCUACUUGCAGAGCCCUUGUUUCACCACCUGAAAAUGGGACUAGUACUUCUGGAUCACGGGCAGAUGCUCACCAACAAGGAACAGGCACAGCAAGUACACCUUCUCAGAAUCCAACUGGAGAUGAUGUAGCAAAUAACACUAUCAGCCAGCAUCAGACCAGACUCCAAGCUGCUGCUGCCGCGGCCUCAAUAUAUGAGAGAUCUUUUGUUUAUCCUUCAGCAAAUACAUUAGUGUGGUCCCCUGGAUAUGCUUUACUUCCCCAAGCACAGAGGCCACUGGCAGACACUAUUAACACGGACUCUAGUGGAGAACAAUCUUCGACUAGUCAAUCGCAACAGCAUCCGAUUGCAAUCCCUGGUGGGCCUGCCAACUUGCCCUUUCCUCACUCUGGUUUUGUCAAUUUUCUUGCUCCUGGUACAGAUGUGAACUAUGGAGAGAGAUUUGGCAGCAAUCUAAAUACACCAGACUCUCAAUUAGAGGCCCAGGAAAAAAUUCUUCAGAACCAGAUUAAGAUGUUGCAAAGCCAGCUCCACCUUGUACAAAAUUCAAGAGCUGAGAAAAGCAUGGACACAACUGUGACAGCAUCUUCUGACUACAAAGGAAAGGCAGUUGCAUCAUCAUCUUCAUCGUGUGUUUUGGAUUGUCGUCGACAUGGAGAGAGUGAAGAAACAGAGAAGAGGUAACCGGCCUUGCGCAAACGUGAACCUAUAUUACAAGGGGCUAGAGGCUGUGAAUAUAGGAAAAGACAAAGGGGUGGCGGCACAGCAUUACCGUGUCUGCAAGUCAUUUUGAGGUAGUUUUAAGAGCUCUGGAAAUGUUGUACUUGAGUAACCUGCUCAUUUAAAAUUUUCAAGGUCUAUAGCAAACAAUGCCCCUUGUAAAGGACAUUCUACGUAAGUGUGCAUGUUUGGUAUAGACUGACACACCCCUUCUGUGCUUUCAUCUUUUAUUUUCUUCCCUGUUUUCCUUUUUAUAGUUGGCCAUGACUCUGUAAUAUGCCAUUUUCCUUCAAGCUAUUUUUUGUGUCAAGAAUAUGGGGUAUAUUUGGAAUAUUAGUCUUUUUGGAGUCUCUGUCUUU